UACAAUUUCUUGUAUCUUAUUUUUUAUUUUUGUGAAAUAUAUUAAAGAAAACACAAGACAAGAAUGACAUACGACGUACCUCUUCCAGCGGGUGAUGAGGAGAACAAAGGAAAAUCAACGGACAAAAAUAAUAGGGAAAUGGAUUACAACGAUUGGUUACCAGUCACAGCGUCUAGAGAGGCCAAAUGGUAUUCCUCCGCCUUCCACAAUGUCACGGCCAUGGUCGGCGCUGGAGUUCUUGGUCUCCCUUUCGCCAUGUCACAACUUGGAUGGGCACCUGGACUUAUUGCGAUUAUAAUGUCAUGGGCUAUAACAUUCUACUCGUUGUGGCAAAUGGUGAAUUUGCACGAAGCAGUUCCCGGGAAACGGUUAGACCGUUACCCCGAGCUAGGCCAAGAAGCUUUCGGGCCUAGGCUAGGUUACUGGAUCGUCUUGCCACAACAGCUUCUGGUGCAGAUCGCUUCCGACAUAGUCUACAACGUGACCGGAGGCAAAUCGCUUAAGAAAUUUUACUCGAUGAUAGCGUCCGUAGCGUCAAUAGCUAAAGGAACGCAACACCGUCCGUCAAGUUACGGCGUCAGAGGAGACACGGUGGCUUCAAUGGUCUUUGAUGCAUUUAACGGCAUUGGAACCAUAGCGUUUGCGUUUGCUGGACACAGUGUAGUGCUUGAGAUACAAGCCACUAUUCCUUCAACACCUGAAGUCCCUUCCAAGAAACCAAUGUGGAAAGGAGUUGUCGUGGCUUACGUAAUCGUCAUUAUUUGUUACCUCUUUGUGGCUGUCUCCGGUUAUUGGGCUUUUGGUGUUCAUGUUGAGGAUGAUGUUCUCAUUUCCUUAGAGAGACCAGUUUGGCUUAUAGCUGCUGCUAAUUUCAUGGUUUUUAUCCAUGUCAUUGGAAGUUAUCAGGUUUUUGCCAUGACCGUGUUUGACACCAUAGAGUCGUAUCUUGUGAAGACACUGAAAUUCACUCCUUCAGCAAUGCUGCGUCUAGUGGCACGUAGUACAUAUGUUGCAUUGAUUUGUCUGGUAGCAGUUUGUAUCCCCUUUUUCGGAGGUCUUUUAGGGUUCUUCGGUGGCCUCGUCUUCUCAUCAACCUCAUACUUCUUGCCUUGCAUUAUAUGGUUGAUCAUGAAGCGACCAAAAAGAUAUAGUUUCCAUUGGUUUUGCUCUUGGCUAGCAAUAGUCGUUGGGAUCUCGAUAGCAAUUCUUGCACCCAUUGGAGGAAUGAGACACAUUAUCCUUUCAGCAAGAACCUACAAGCUCUUCUCAUAGACUUUUUUUAGAUAAAGCCCUGCAAUAACCAUUGCACCAAACUUACAAAAAAGUCUUUUACCUUUUAAAAUUUUAAAGUAGCAGUCUUAGUUGGGAAACAAAUAUAGUUAGAUAUUUGAUUAUUUUUGGCUUCUCGUUUCUUUUUUUUUUAUAAACCAUUCCAUCAAGAACUGCCUUCCCAAUUGAUGUGAAGGCUCUACGGCGCUUUGGCCUGAGGCUGUGACGGAUGAUGUUCUCUCUAAGCCGUCAUGUAAAAUCACCAAAAAAAAAAGGAACACCAUACACAUUAUGUGGUCAACCUCAGGCUCUGAACUUAGGUUUUUGGUUUUUUUGCAUAUUUUGUUUUAAAGUCUAUAGAUUUUCUAUAGCAGGUAAAAAGCCUAA